UUACUUUGUAUCUAACAUAACCUCAAAUCUCAAAUUUACCAUAUCUGUGACUAGUACUUUUUAAAUUAUUGAUUUCAAAUAUAAAGAGAUAAUUAUGAGGUAGUCAUUGACAUGUUUUGAACUGCAAAAUUGAUAAAGAUCUAUUAAAAUGCUUUUAUAUUUACAAAACAUCAACAAUGAGAAUGUAUUUUAUCUUACUGAAAAGGAUAAGUUCCUUGUCGGAAGAAAAGACUGUGAUUUUUUAAUACAAGAUGAUCAGUCUAUUAGUCGAAAACAUGCAAUCAUACGUUUGAAGGAAAACAAGGUCACUGUGGAAGAUUGUGGAUCAAAAUAUAACACCCUAUAUAAAGGCGAGAAAUUGCACCCUAAUAUUGAAAUUGAGUUAGCAAUUGGUGAUAUUAUUCAGUUUGGGGUUAGUCACAGCUCAUAUAGUUUACAAAAAUAUGUGUUUGUUACUACUGGGACAUGUUUAAAUAACAACAUAAAAACAAAGUUAAUAUCUGACCUUUCCAUAAUAAAAGGAAAAUAUAUAGAUCAAUGGACUUCAGAUUGUACACAUCUUACAAUGGAAGAGAUAAGUUUGACUAUUAAAUUUUUGCAUGCACUGAUAGAUGAAAAACUAGUCGUCAAACCGUCAUAUUGGUCAAAGUUUGCUGAGAGAGUACAGAAACAAUUACCUCCACCUAAUAUUAAUUUGUAUAAUAAACCACCUGUAGCAGAGGUGUUAUUAAGUAAAGUCGACCUUAGCCCCAAUUCAACAAGAAAAGAAUUAUUCAAAGGGAAACUCUUCGUAUUCCCAAAGGAAAAAGACAAGAAACGUUUGGAAGAUAUAAUUAAAAAGGCUGGGGGUACAUCCAUUUCCUGGGAAAAAAAUUCAAUCCCGCUAGAGGAUAUAGAAAAGUCACCCAAAGAAUUUCUUAUAAUCGAAUCUGGGGAUAUGACAAACGAUCCUAGCCUGAAUGAAGUGAUUAAAAGAUUUUCAAAACAAGGGAAAAGAACCAUUCCUCUUCAAGAAAUUGCAAUAUCAAUUACACUUUGCUCAUGCGAGAGAGACUGCAACCCUAAUUUCAACAGAGUAGAAGAAGUUUUUCCUUUAUGUAGACCUACUGAGCCUACACAAAGCAAAGCGCUCGCUGCUAAUACUGAAAGUGAACACUUUACAAUGAGAGAACUUAAGGCCGAGGAAAAAGAAGAGCCAGUAACUGUUCCAGAUACGUUUGAGCCCAAGGCGGAUGAAUCAGAACCGUGUGAAAUUUUUGCAGAAUGUGAAAUAAUCACUGAAAAAGAGAUUGAUAAUAGACAGUCUGUAAAACGAAUAAAUGAUGAUAAACUAGAGAAAAUAUCAUCGAAGAAAAUAAAAAUUGAUAAUGACAAUAUCAGUAAUUUGCAGAAGGAUAAGACAAGAGAACAGGUGGAAAGCGACGGUUUCAUAUCUAAGAAUAUUUCACCUAGGAAAAAAAUCAAAGAAGAUAAACAGAAUGAAAGUAGCAGGGACAGCAAAGCUAAUCAGUCUAUUUUCCUCAAUAAAAAUAGAAGAAAUGUGGUUGAACAAUCGUCUCCAAAAAGUAAUCCGUUCAAGAGAACGAAGAAAGACAGUGAUAAUAUUACUCAAAUGAACAAAGAGAAUCCAUUCUUACUGUCAUUGGGAAGUAAAAAAAGAACCAACGAAGGUUCAUCAGAGACCUCCAUCUCUAAAAGGAAAAUAAGCGAUACUAUGGAUAAAAUUUUUUCUAGUACUAAAAUUGAAAACAUUUCUCAUAAUAUAACUGGACUAACCAAAAUUUCAAGAAUAAAUAAAGACCUUAUGAAUAGUACUUGGAUGUCUAAGAAUGUAACAAAUGUAAUCAGUAUAGAAAACGAUGAAAUGGAGGAUCAUUUCGAUAAAGAAAUGAAACAGUUUAUAGAACAAUUUAAAAAUACUGUUAUUGUAGAAAUUAUGGAGAAAAUGCCUUCGAAGCAAAAGAUUUUGAGAGACCAUAGUGAUGUUUGUAAUGGAAAAGUGAAUUUCAAAAUAUUUAAAAAGGUAAAACCUUUAAGACCACAAAAGAUAAUUAUUGGAAAAGUCAAUUUCACUUCUGUAGAUCCAGGGGACACUGCAAGUAUUGCUGACAGUAGAAGAGAAAUAUUUUCAAAUUCAGAUGAUGAAGCUGAAGGGAACUUAAGAGUUAAGAAGAAAAAGCCAAAGAAAUUUCUUAUUUGAAACUGUCUCAUAAUUUAUUUUUUGAACACAAAAUUUUAUUCUGAGAAAUCCUCCCUGGAUCAUGGGUAUGAAUGGUAUGCCAUUUAUUUCUCUUAUUUGGAAGUUUAUUGGAGUGACUUUUACAAACUUAUAUCUUUGCAUUACUAUAUAUUUCUUCUGAUAUUAUUGUAUCGAGCAUUUAUUCAACGUGAUCGAAUGUUAUAAUUUGCCCUUUUAUUAUAAAUGUAAUUAAAAGAUAUCUUAUAUACAUAAAAACACAUUAGCUUGUUAAUUUUUCUUUUAAUUUAGCAAUCUCAUUUUCUGCAAA